AUGCCGUUUUGUCUGUCCUUACCUAACUCUCGUAUCAGUCCACUCCUCCGACACGCCCCUCCGAUUCGUUGCCAGUCCGCACGUGUCGUCAUCGCCGGCGAGUUAAACAUGGCCGCCAACUCACUCCGAGUCGCCGCCGCUCAGAUGACCUCUAUCAACGACCUCGCCGCCAACUUCGCCACCUGCUCUGGCCUCGUCAAAGAAGCAGCUGCCGCUGGAGCAAAAUUGAUAUGCUUUCCAGAAAGCUUCUCCUUUAUUGGUGCCAAAGAUGGGGAUAGUCUCAAAAUAGCACAACCUUUGGACGGUCCAAUUUUGCAACAGUACUGCUCUCUAGCAAGAGAAUCUGGGAUUUGGUUGUCUCUUGGAGGGUUCCAAGAAAAGGCGUCUGAUGAUGAACAUUUGUUUAACACCCAUGUUGUGGUUGAUGAUGCUGGGAACAUCAGAAGCACUUACAGAAAGAUUCACUUGUUUGAUGUGGAUAUUCCUGGUGGAAGGGCAUACAAUGAAGGCAGCUUUACAGAACCAGGGAAGAAUGUUGUUGCAACAGAUAGCCCGAUUGGACGCUUGGGUUUGACGGUUUGCUAUGACCUGAGAUUCCCAGAGCUUUACCAGCAGCUCAGGUUCCAACAUGAGGCACAGGUUCUAUUGGUCCCUGCAGCCUUCACAAAAGUAACUGGCCUGGCACACUGGGAGAUACUUCUACGUGCUCGUGCAAUUGAAACUCAAUGCUAUGUCAUAGCUGCAGCACAAGCUGGACAGCAUAAUGAUAAAAGAGAAAGCCACGGCGAAACUUUAAUUAUUGAUCCAUGGGGAGCAGUUGUUGGCAGACUGCCUGAUCGACUGUCAACAGGGAUUGCUAUAGCUGAUAUUGAUCUCUCCUUGAUCGAUUCAGUGAGAGAAAAGAUGCCAAUCGCCAAGCACCGGAAGCCUAUUGAGUUCUGGAAAUCUGCAUCUCUAUGA